AUGAACUCGUACUUCGAGCAGACUGCGGGUGGCUUCUACGGAAGUCACCACCACCAGACGGGGGCUGCGAGUCAACACCACGACCCGGCCACGGCGGCCGCCUACCGAAGUUUCCCUCUGGGCCUCGGCAUGUCACCGUACGCGUCUACGCAGCACCAUCAUCACACCUCGUCCUCGUUGGGCAUCCAUCCCGGCGGUGGUACGAACACGAGACCGCCGCAGGACUCACCGUACGACGCGAGCGUCGCUACAGCCUGUAAAUUGUACUCGUCGACGCCCGAGGCGACCGGACACACCACCUCCUCCUACUCGACGACCGCGACCAAGGAUUGUAAACAGCAGGACCAGGCAGCGGCGCAUCAGAACGGUUACGCGGCGGUGAUGGCAGCCGCGGCCGUCAAGGACGUUUGGCAGUCGGCGACCUCGGGCGCGAACAGUCAGAGCAAUUCGGUGGUCCGCCCCUCGGCGUGUACCCCCGAGGGGACCAGGGUCGGUAGCUACGGCGGUCUCGUAGGCGGCGACCCGGCGUCGAGUCCCGGUAACAACAGCUCCUCGAGAUCCCUAACGUCGUCCUGGAACACCUGCAGUUUGAACUCGUCCGCGAGCCAACCGGUUGCCACGCAACUGCACCAGCAACCCGCCAACCAUACCUUCUACCCCUGGAUGGCUAUAGCAGGUAAGGAAGAUAUUGCUAAGCCGCAUUGGACAUGGUUGCAAGGAGCGAACGGAAUGCGCAGGCGAGGCCGACAGACCUACACGCGCUACCAGACGCUCGAACUCGAGAAGGAAUUCCACACGAACCACUACCUCACCAGGCGGAGGCGGAUCGAGAUGGCACACACGCUUUGCCUGACGGAACGGCAGAUCAAGAUCUGGUUCCAGAAUCGGCGGAUGAAGCUGAAGAAGGAGAUACAGGCGAUCAAGGAGCUGAACGAGCAGGAGAAGCAGGCACAGGCCCAGAAGGCGGCGGCCGCAGCGGCCGCGGCUGCGCACCAGCAGCAGGCCCAAGGUGGGGGACCAGAGGGGGCCAACUAG